CGUUGCUGCCGUAAACCCUUCCUCUAUCCCCCUCCCACUCCUCUCCAAACUCUGCGAACCCGAGCUCUCCUCGCUUCGUCUCCCUCCUCUCGCCGCGCCGCGCCGCCCGCCUCCUCCUCGUCGAGUCGAGUGGCCCUGAUGCCCGCGUGCGCCGCCGCCGCCGCCUGCUGCUGCUCCGAGCGGUAGCCGCGUCGGAGUCGCCCAAGACGGCGCCCGGUGGCUUCGGGUGUGGGUGCGGUGGGCUAGCGGGAGGGGGAGGGGGAGGAGGGAGGGGAGGGGGGAGGCUGAGCGCCUGGUGAGCUCCAUAGCGAUGGCCGCUCCGGCCCCGGCGCCGGCGCCCGCGCAGCUGCGGCGGUGCCCGUGCUCCGCGCCUCUCUGGGCCGCGCCGUCGCCCUUCCGCUGCUGCGGCGGCCGCCGCGGCCGCUCGCCGUUCAUCGGAGGCGGAAGGCAGGACUACUCGCAUAGUAGCUCGGGCCUUGGAGUUACAGACAACAGUGCUUUCAAAAUUGGAGUGUAUACCAACUUCAAUGUGCAAAGUAAUGCACAAGAAUGGCUUGAGGAGAGCAAGAGGAUAUCCUCGAUCAAAACCAGGAAUAACGUGGGAAACACUAUUUAUAAAGGUUCUACUCAUCUACGAACAGGAAUUCUUCAUCACGAACCUUUGGAAGAUCACAAAAGUUCCAACUAUUCUUCAUUGUACAAUGUAAGAGAAAGAAUGACUCCUAAUUCUCUUGCAAAUAGGCAUGCUAACAUGGAGUUGGCAAAGCAUAACACGAGGAAUCAAGCUGCAAGUGCUGUGUCAGCACUGACCAGUGUUGUUAACGAUGACAUUAAACCACUCAACAGGUCUAGUGGCUCUGAACUGAAGACUCAAUGGCAACCAGAUUCUAAGACUGAUGCUUCCGUUCUGAAGAUCUCUAAAGUCGAGACAAGCCUGCAGUUUGAUGACAAAGCUAGGGAUGGUUAUGAUGGAGAUGAACAUGAAUGCACAGCCAAGAAUACAGUACAAGAUUCUCCAGCUAAGGCACCCAUGUCCAAGGAGUCUAAAGAUGCGAGGAAGGCACUUGCUACUGUGUACGACAAAGUUCUGGUGGUUGACAAUGUGAAGUCAGCUAGGAGUGUUGUUCAAUUGCUUACUUCAAAGUACAAAAACUUUAUUCAUGCAUGUGACACAGAGGUAGCUAAUAUUGAUGUUAAACAAGAGACACCAGUUAGCCAUGGAGAGGUCAUUUGCUUUAGCAUCUACUCUGGCAACUCUGAUGCAGAAGCUGAUUUUGGAAAUGGAAAAACAUGCAUUUGGGUGGACGUGCUGGAUGGUGGGCGAGAUGUCCUCAUGGAGUUUGCUCCAUUUUUUGAGGACCCCUCAAUCAGGAAGGUUUGGCACAACUAUAGUUUUGAUAGCCAUGUCAUAGAGAACUAUGGAAUCAAAGUUGCUGGGUUUCAUGCUGAUACGAUGCAUCUUGCACGACUUUGGGACUCUUCAAGAAGAAUUGAUGGAGGAUAUUCACUUGAAGGACUUACAAAUGAUCACAGGGUCAUGGGUGUUGUACCAAAGGAAUUACAAAAGAUUGGAAAGAGAUCAAUGAAAACCAUCUUUGGUUGGAAAAAGAUUAAAAAGGAUGGAUCUGCAGGGAAAAUUAUCUCUAUGGAGCCUGUCGAAGUAUUACAAAGGGAUGACAGAGAAAUGUGGAUCUGUUAUUCUUCAUUAGAUUCAAUGAGUACCUUACGACUUUAUGAAAGUUUGAAAAGCAAGCUGGAAAAAAAGCACUGGACUUUUGAUGGUUGCCCUAGAGGUUCAAUGUAUGAUUUCUACGAGGAGUAUUGGCGUCCUUUUGGUGCCCUUCUUGUCAAGAUGGAAACAGCUGGAAUGCUAGUCGACCGUGGUUACCUUUCAGAAAUUGAAAAGGUUGCUGUUGCACAGCGAAAACUAGCUGCGGAUAAAUUUCGGAAAUGGGCAUCUAAAUAUUGUCCUGAUGCAAAAUACAUGAACGUGAACAGUGAUACUCAGAUUCGCCAACUGUUCUUUGGUGGUAUAGAGAAUAGAUGCAAACCUGGUGAAACUUUGCCAAAGAGUAGAACUAUUAAAGUACCAAAUGAUGGAAGCCUUAUUGCAGAGGGCAAGAAAACUCCAAAGUAUUGUACUAUUGAACUUUUCAGCAUUGUGGAAGAUCUGAAAACUGAUCUAUUUACUGCAAGUGGCUGGCCUUCAGUAAGUGGAGAUGCAUUGAGAAGUUUGGCUGGUAAACUGCCAACUGAUCUUGUUUACACAACAGAUGAUGUAGAGGAUGAUGACAGUGGUGAUUCAGAAAUUUCUGAGCAUGAUCUAAACGACACUGCCUCUUAUGGAACUGCAUAUGAAGCAUUUGGAGGAGGAAAGAAAGGAAAGGAAGCAUGCCAUGCCAUUGCGGCUCUCUGUGAGAUUUGUUCUAUUGACUCGUUGAUAUCCAACUUUAUUCUUCCCUUACAGGGGAAUCAUAUAUCAUGUGACGAGGGGCGGAUCCACUGUUCAUUAAAUAUAAAUACAGAAACAGGGCGUCUGUCAGCAAGAACACCAAAUUUACAGAAUCAACCUGCACUGGAAAAGGAUCGGUAUAAAAUCCGUCAAGCCUUUGUUGCAGCUCCAGGGAACUCUCUCAUCGUUGCUGAUUAUGGUCAGCUGGAGCUCAGGAUCUUGGCACAUCUUGCUAGUUGUAAAAGCAUGUUAGAUGCUUUCAAAGCUGGUGGUGACUUCCAUUCCAGGACAGCUAUGAACAUGUACCAGCAUAUCCGUGAUGCUGUUGAAGAAAAGAAAGUACUUCUUGAAUGGCAUCCUCAACCUGGCCAAGAGAAACCUCCUGUGCCCUUGUUGAAGGAUGCCUUUGGUGCUGAGAGGCGGAAAGCUAAAAUGCUUAAUUUCUCCAUUGCAUAUGGAAAAACACCUGUUGGGCUUGCUCGAGAUUGGAAGGUCUCUGUCAAGGAAGCAAAGGAUACCCUGAAACUCUGGUACAGGGAUAGAAAAGAGGUUUUAGCUUGGCAAAUGAAACAAAAAGAAUUAGCGCAGGAGAAGUGUGAAGUUUACACUUUGCUCGGGCGGUCGCGCCGCUUUCCUAACAUGGCUCAUGCAACUUCUGGUCAAAGGGGUCACAUUGAGCGAGCUGCUAUCAAUGCACCAGUACAGGGCAGCGCAGCAGAUGUUGCUAUGUGUGCUAUGCUCGAGAUAGAUCGGAAUGCUCGUCUUAAGGAACUCGGUUGGAGGCUUCUCUUGCAGGUGCACGAUGAAGUGAUACUGGAAGGGCCUACGGAAUCUGCCGAUCUGGCCAAGUCGAUUGUGGUUGAAUGCAUGUCCAAGCCCUUCUACGGCACCAACAUCUUGAAUGUUGAACUGGCUGUUGAUGCCAAGUGUGCGCAGAAUUGGUAUGCAGCCAAGUAGGUUGCCAUACUCUUCCCCAAUUAACUCCUAAGGCUGCAUAGUUGCAUCUCGGGAGUGCUUCAAACUCAACGAUGAAAUAUGUUCUCAGCUGGUAUGAGCUGCCAGAACAGAGGUUUGCCCUGGUGUCCGGGAGGCAUGCAUAACCAUUCGGCUAACCAGGGCAAUGAGCAGUCUGCAGCGAAGGCACUGUACAAUGUAGGCUGAAUAGCUUGACUUCCACAUUCUUCCAAGUAGGAAUGUCAUUUUUGUGUCACGUGUAGUAAUCUGGAGACUGGACUCUUGGAGGGAAGUAGGAAAAACUAGGCAUGCGUUGUUUAUAAGAUUUGUUUAGCAUGCUGAUGUAGUAUUAGGUUAGCUGACCAAUUCUGCUUAUGUCUGACUCUGCUACUACACACCGCAGCUUGUUUGAUGAACGUUCCUCAACCUGUUACUCUACAUUAUUUGGACAUAUUGUGGUUAGCUGAAUGAA